UCCCAAUCUCACGCUAUGCGGUGUCGUCUCAUUCCGGUGGCAAGAACGUCGUUGGUGUCUCUACGGCGAUGGGGGUCAGUGGGCAGUCGCCAGCAGAUCACACGCCGCACUGCGUCGGCUGAGACUAUCUCCGCGUUGAAGGAGCUACUGGGAGAUCGUCUGUCGACAUCUCGCUCUGUGCUCGAGCAACACGGUACAGAUGAAUCCUACCAUGAUGUUACUCCUCCGGACGCCGUCGCGUUUGUGGAGUCCACCGAAGAGGUGACGGAGGUGAUCAAGAUUUGUGCAGCGACCCGCACUCCGAUUAUCCCGUUUGGUGCUGGCACAUCGAUCGAGGGGCAUAUUUCAGCUGUUGCUGGUGGCGUAUCGGUCAAUUUGUCGGGGAUGAAUGGGAUUCUCAAGGUGCGGUGAAAGUAACAGUUUUAGCAAAAAGCUAACGUAUGUGUACAGCUUGACCGGGAGAACAUGAGCGUCAAGGUGGAAGCGGGCGUCACUCGAGAACAGCUGAAUGCCGACCUGCGUGCUACAGGUCUCAUGUUUCCUGUGGAUCCUGGGGCCAAUGCUACAAUUGGCGGGAUGGUUGCAACCAACGCCUCUGGAACUACGACGGUCAAGUAUGGUAACAUGAAGACGAACGCGCUGUCUUUGACUGCAGUCAUGGCCGAUGGACGCAUCAUCAAGACCGGAUCGAAGUGCGUGCUGUACAUGGAGGUGCUACCCGAGACCAACUUAGUCAUCAAUUGUGAUUUUGCUGUGUACAGAGCACGGAAAUCUUCAGCUGGAUAUGACAUCACACGACUUUUAAUCGGCAGUGAAGGCACCUUGGCUGUAGUGACUGAGGUGGAACUUCGACUGAGUGGUGUCCCCGAAGCCGAAAAAGCUAUGAUCUGCUCGUUUGACAAGAUGAAGGACGCUAUCGAUACAUGCACUACUGUCAUGCAGAUGGGAAUUCCUGUGGCUCGCAUGGAGAUGAUGGACGAGAAUGUCGUGGACGCGGUGAACAGGUACUCGAACCUGAAUAACUCACUACGUCCUUCACUGAUCAUUGAACAUCACGGAUCAGCGAACGAACUGGAGCAACAGAGCAGUGUUGUCCAAGAGAUCGCUCGAGACUUCGGCGCAAUGGAUAUUGAAGUAGCCUCAACUUCUGAAGAUCGUAAACGUCUAUGGAGUGGCAGACACUCUGUCUGGCACGCGGUUCUGAACCAGGUUCCUGGGAGCCGUGGCUUCUCUGCUGACGUGGCGGUGCCGUUCUCUAAGCUUACUGAAGCUGUCGUUGAGACGCAACAGGACUUGAAAACCUCGGGUCUCUUUGGAACCAUUGUCGGACACGUUGGUGACGGGAAUUUCCAUGUUUUGAUUCCAUUUACCGACGACAACAAAGAACAUCUCGGCAGAAUGAAAGCGUUUUCGCAUCGUUUGGUGAAACGAGCGUUGGCUUGCGGUGGGACUUGCACGGGUGAGCACGGCAUUGGCAUCGGCAAAAUGGAGUACUUACCGAUGGAGCACGGCGGGGCCGUUGACUUCAUGUACACAAUCAAAAAGGCCUUGGACCCUCAAGACAUCAUGAACCCUGGCAAGAUUUUCUAUGCGAAUGAUCGCAGCAACUAGCGCGUCGUAAUGGGACGAACUAAGACUAUAUGAACGAUCGUCAGUGUCAUUUUUGAUUCAUGUAUGUACUUUCAUCACCUUGA